UUCACCUCAAAGCGGUAGAUAAGUUGUAAUGAACAUGUUUUAGAAAGUACAGUCAUGUUCCGGAAUGCAUCGAUAAAGAGUUUAUAACUCCUAAGCAAGCUAUGCAAACAGGAAGUGAGUUAGACAACUUAGGGUGAAAUCAAUCAGCAUAGAGAAGACAUAGCUGCAGACUGUAGAAGGCUCAGGCCAUUUUAGUUGGCGUCAAAGCCAGGCCCACCGAACAGACACCACGCAUUUCCUCCUCCACGUGUCUCUGAAGCACGCUGAGCUGGCUGGAGACUGUCGCACGCCGGGAAAAGACUCCAGUGUCUCGUGAAGAGGUCACCGGCUGCGCCCGCUGCAAGCCAACAGGAGCUGGAGCGGACGGAAGAACGACCGAUCUGUGGACCAAGGAGCUGCCCGCCUCAUUGCCCUCGCUUGCUUACAGAUACUGCCCCGCCUUGUUUGUUGGGAAAAAAAGAAAAGAAAGAAAAAAAAAAAAGAAAAGAAAAGAAAAUCGUAGCAGAAAAGAAAAAGAAAAAGUGAUGGUGGAGACGUCAUGGAAGAGCCUGCGGUUCACCUAGACUGCAUGUUUUCCUUCUGUCACUGUACUAAAGGGUGCAGUGAUUUCAAAUCCAGAGUCGCAUCUGCGCCUUGGGAAGUAGUUCCGUGUGGUGCUGGAAUCCGCCACCAGCACUUGCUGGCCCUGUGACCUUGGGGGAGUUACUUAGCUUAUUUAUGCCUCAAAAUCCUCGGUGAAUGCAGAGCGAAUGAUAGCAUCUAUUCAUAGGGUGGUUUUGCUUAUUAAACGACUCCAAGCAAGCCAAGCGCUGUGAAUGGUGCAUGUUGAAAGAUGCAUGAGUGUGAUGCAGUCCGGGACACAGAUGAUCAAACUGAAACGUGGGACCAAAGGGCUAGUCCGGCUCUUCUACCUGGAUGAGCAUCGGACCCGCCUCCGAUGGAGACCCUCUAGGAAGAGUGAGAAGGCAAAAAUACUUAUUGACUCCAUUUACAAAGUCACCGAAGGUCGGCAGUCUGAAAUAUUCCACAGACAAGCUGAAGGGCACUUUGAUCCCAGCUGCUGCUUCACCAUCUACCAUGGCAAUCACAUGGAGUCUCUGGAUCUCAUCACCUCCAACCCCGAGGAGGCCCGCACCUGGAUCACAGGCCUCAAGUACCUGAUGGCUGGCAUCAGUGAUGAAGAUUCCCUUGCCAAGCGGCAGAGGACGCACAACCAGUGGGUGAAGCAGACCUUUGAGGAAGCUGAUAAGAAUGGUGACGGCUUACUGAAUAUUGAAGAGAUACACCAACUGAUGCACAAACUAAAUGUCAACCUGCCCCGAAGAAAAGUCAGACAAAUGUUUCAGGAAGCUGAUACAGAUGAGAAUCAGGGAACUCUGACAUUUGAAGAAUUCUGUGUUUUUUAUAAAAUGAUGUCCCUGAGACGGGACCUUUAUUUGUUACUCUUAAGCUACAGUGACAAGAAAGAUCACCUGACUGUGGAAGAACUGGCUCAGUUUUUGAAGGUGGAGCAAAAGAUGAAUAAUGUGACAACAGACUAUUGUCUUGACAUCGUAAGAAAAUUUGAAGUUUCAGAAGAAAAUAAGGCGAAAAAUGUUCUUGGCAUAGAAGGGUUCACGAACUUCAUGCGUAGUCCUGCUUGUGACAUAUUUAACCCCCUGCACCAUGAGGUGUACCAGGACAUGGACCAGCCCCUGUGCAACUACUAUAUCGCCUCCUCUCACAACACAUACCUGACCGGGGACCAGCUCCUUUCUCAGUCCAAAGUGGACAUGUACGCCCGGGUGCUGCAGGAGGGCUGCCGCUGCGUAGAAGUUGACUGUUGGGAUGGCCCAGAUGGGGAGCCAGUGGUCCACCACGGUUAUACUCUGACUUCAAAAAUUCUCUUCAGAGAUGUGGUGGAGACCAUCAACAAGCACGCCUUUGUGAAGAAUGAGUUCCCAGUCAUACUGUCCAUUGAGAAUCACUGCAGCGUCCAGCAGCAGAGGAAGAUUGCCCAGUACCUGAAAGGAAUAUUUGGAGACAAACUGGACCUGACAUCUGUAGACACAGGAGAGACCAAACAGCUUCCAAGCCCUCAGAGUUUGAAAGGCAAAAUCCUAGUGAAGGGCAAGAAGUUGCCUUACCAUCUUGGGGACGAUGCAGAAGAGGGGGAAGUUUCUGACGAAGACAGCGCGGACGACAUUGAAGAUGAGUGCAAGUUCAGGCUCCAUUAUAAUAAUGGGACCACCGAGCAUCAGGUGGAGUCUUUCAUAAGGAAAAAACUGGAGUCACUGUUAAAAGAAUCUCAAAUUCGAGACAAAGAAGAUCCUGAUAGUUUCACAGUGAGAGCUCUCCUGAAGGCCACGCAUGAAGGCUUAAAUGCACACCUGAAACAGCAUCCAGAUGUGAAGGCAAAUGGAAAGAAAUCACAUGGACGAUCCCUCAUGACCAACUUUGGAAAACAUAAGCAGAAAACCACAAACUCACGGUCUAAGUCAUGUAGCACUGACGACGAAGAGGACACACAGCAGAAUCCCGGCAAGGAGACUGGCCAGCUAUACAGGUUGGGUCACCGCAGGAAAACCAUGAAGCUCUGCCGAGAGCUCUCUGACUUGGUGGUGUAUACAAACUCCGUGGCGGCCCAGGACAUUGUGGAUGAUGGAACCACAGGAAACGUGUUAUCAUUUAGUGAAACAAGAGCACAUCAGGUGGUUCAGCAGAAAUCGGAGCAGUUCAUGAUUUAUAACCAAAAGCAGCUCACGAGGAUUUACCCUUCCGCCUACCGCAUUGAUUCCAGUAACUUCAACCCUCUGCCCUACUGGAACGCAGGUUGCCAGCUAGUGGCACUGAACUACCAGUCUGAAGGGCGAAUGAUGCAAUUAAAUCGAGCCAAGUUCAAGACGAAUGGCAAUUGUGGCUACGUCCUCAAACCCCAGCAGAUGUGCAAAGGUACUUUCAACCCUUUCUCUGGUGAUCCACUUCCUGCCAACCCCAAAAAGCAGCUCAUCCUGAAAGUGAUCAGUGGACAGCAACUCCCCAAACCUCCAGACUCCAUGUUUGGAGACCGAGGCGAGAUCAUUGACCCUUUUGUUGAAGUUGAAAUUAUCGGAUUGCCAGUAGAUUGUUGUAAAGAUCAAACCCGUGUAGUAGAUGACAAUGGAUUUAACCCUGUGUGGGAAGAAACCCUGACAUUUACAGUACACAUGCCAGACAUAGCUUUGGUUCGGUUCCUUGUAUGGGAUCAUGAUCCGAUUGGACGAGACUUUGUUGGACAAAGAACCGUGACCUUCAGCAGCUUAGUGCCUGGCUACCGGCAUGUCUAUUUGGAAGGACUGACAGAAGCAUCUAUAUUUGUCCACGUAACAAUCAAUGAAAUCUAUGGAAAGUGGAGCCCUUUAAUACUCAACCCCAGUUAUACUAUAUUGCACUUUCUAGGAGCUACAAAGAACAGACAGCUCCAAGGUCUGAAGGGAUUGUUCAAUAAGAAUCCCAGGCACGGCUCUUCAGAAAACAAUUCCCAUUAUGUUCGGAAACGAUCCAUUGGAGAUCGGAUUCUGAGACGCACAGCCAGUGCUCCGGCCAAAGGCAGAAAAAAGAGCAAAAUGGGCUUCCAGGAAAUGGUAGAGAUAAAGGAUUCUGUGUCUGAGGCUUCAAGAGAUCACGACGGUGUCCUGAGGAGGACCACACGGAGUUUGCAAGAGCGCCCUGUCUCUUUGCCUGUCGACAAAAGUCUUCUGGGGGCCUUGUCACUGCCUCUGUCUGCAGCAGCAAAAGAUGCUGAAGGAAAAGAACACUCCCUGGCAGAAGAUAAGGAUGGAAGAGGAAAAGGGAAGGCAAGUAUAAAAGACCAGCAUUUUCCAAAUUUCAACAAAAAGUUAUCCUCUUCCUCUAGCGCCCUCCUUCACAAAGACAUCAGCCAAGGGGACUCCCCCAUUUGUGUUGCCUACACACCAACCACGGGAGAACAGUUGGGAGUGCCAGGUCUUAAGGGUGGGAGAACCAAAUCAAACGUAUCAAGUGAUGGCCAGGAACAGGAGUGCCCCAGCGAAUCCCUCCCCGCAAGGCAGCAUCUGGCUCUUGAUCCUAUAGUUACCCUAACACAAGGUCCAUCCGGUGUGAAAACCAAGGCAAAUGGGAAUGCUGGGAGCUUUGUGGAAGAAAAAAGCACAUUGUCAGGAAGCGUUUUUUCUCAAAGCAGUCUGGAGAUUAAGAACUUGGAAGGGAAUUGGGUUAAGGGCCGAGCUGCAACAUCCUUUUCUUUGUCAGAUGUCUCUAUGCUCUGUUCUGACGUACCUGACUCACAUUCUACGGCCAUUCUGCAGGAGAGUGAAAUUUCCCAUCUUAUUGACAAUGUCACGUUAACCAAUGAGAAUGAGCCAGGCAGUUCCAUCUCAGCACUGAUUGGCCAGUUUGAGGAGACCAGCGAUCAGGCAAACCUCACCGUUGUUUCUCAGCUCCAUAGCACAAGUGUCAUGUCAAGUCGUGCUCCUUUGCCCACCUUGGACCGUAAGAUUCCCUUCAAGCAUGACUUUUCCCUGGGAAAACCCAAGUCAGCCUUCCUGUGCUCGUCUCCUGCCCCAAUUGCAUUCUCAAGUCCCGAGACCUCCAAACACUCGACACACGCAGUUUGUGAAACCACCUGCACUCCUGUCUCUAACGCCAAACCAGAUGAUCACCUUCCUGGUAAGGCCAAGACGGGGGCUGUGGGAAGCAACCUGCUUGGGUCCGCUAAUACUUCUCACUGCUGGUUACCAAAAAGUCCCACCAAUGGCAAAGAAUGGGAAAUGCUCAAGAACCACAGCCCUGCCACGUCCACCGACCUGGCACGGGAAGAUGUAAUAGCUGAAACCAUUCUCUGUUUAAAUUCUGGAGAGAGCAGUCUCGUGGAAAUGGACGGAGACUCCGAAAAUCUGUCCAUAACAACCUAUGAAUAUAGAAGAGAGGACGCGAGUCACCCUGCUUCUCCUUUAAAAGCGCAAGACGGUCAGGAUGUGGCGGAACAUUUUCGGAGAGGUUUGAGAAAUGGCUACUGUAGAGAGACUCUCCACCCUUCUGUCUCUGAAAUAUUCAAAAAUAUUCAAGAUGUCAAAAAUCAAAGUAUUUCCUGUCUAGCCUACCAGGGUGCUGGUUUUAUGCACAACUGCUCAAAUUCAGACGCAAAAAUGAAGCAGACGGGUGUGCCCCUGUCUAGUGAUGAAGGCACGCAUGCCCCUGCGCCCGAGCAGCCCACGCACCGUCCUCUGCCUGCUCUAAAGCUGCCCAGCCCUUGCAAAUCCAAAAGUCUGGGGGACUUAACAUCAGAAGACAUCGCCUGCAACUUCAAAAGCAAGUACCAGUGUAUUAGUAAGAGUUUUGUUACAACUGGCAUGAGAGACAAGAAGGGCGUGACUGUGAAGACAAAGUCAUUAGAGCCCAUAGACGCCCUGACGGAGCAGCUGCGGAAGCUUGUGUCUUUUGACCAGGAAGACGGCUGUCAGGUGCUCUAUUCAAAGCAGGACGCCAGUCAGUUCCCCAGGGCACUGGUCAGAAAGUUGUCAUCCAGAAGCCAGAGCAGAGUGCGCAACAUUGCCAGCCGUGCCAAGGAAAAGCAGGAAGCCAACAAGCAAAAAGGCGUCAACCCCAGCCACGUGGGAGGAGUGGUUCUGCGAAACAAACCCUCGGCGCCCCUGCCUGCGGGCAACCGGCACUCCACCGGCUCCUACAUCGCCGGCUAUCUGCGGAGCAGCAAAGGAAGUGGCCUAGAAGGCCGGGGCAUCCCGGAGGGGGCGUGCGCCGCCUUGCGCCCCAGCCGCGGCGACCCGUUUUGCGCGGAUAAUUCCAUGUUGCAGACCGAGCCCAACAGUGAGGACAAACCAGAAAUUUAUUUUCUUUUGAGACUGUGAAUUACAUAAAGCUGCAUUUUCGAUGUUUACUAGGUAUUCUGUAGAAUUGUCAGAGUUUUCAGUAAACAUGGUCGUGGCUUCGAAAUGAUUUUAAAAUGUAUUUUUAAACUUGUAUUUUGGUCUCCCUUUGACUCCCCGUGUUCUUCCUGUUUCUGCGCUUGUAUAUAGAUCGGGGUGACAUUUCCCAUGUGCGUAUGAUCCUUCUCCCCUGAAGUGUAAACACGCUCAGUAUGAAAUACGUGCAUGCCUUGGUUGCGACACUUCUCAGCCGCUUGGCUUAGGAUGUCCGUCUGUUUCUCCACCACGCUCUCUACUGCCCGUCCUCAGAUCACAGUCGCAAAUGUCAAUUUUACUCUCUAAUUGUUGAGUUCAUUAAGAAAGUUUGCAAAGGACAAAGGGAUAAAUUCUUUACUUUAAAGCCAUUAUCAUCAUUCCUAGAUUUCCGUCUUCCUUGAGAAGCCCAGAUGCAUUUUUUAUAACUCAGUUAAAAGAAGAUUAAAAUAGUUACCCUACCUUUCAGGAUUUCUCUACCCCGUGCAGAAGGAGUUCAAAGCAGAUUGGUAGCUGUUCCCCCCCCCCCAACACACACCCUCUCAUUUUAGAGUAGACUGUGAGAUUAUGAGGAUAAAGCAAACUUCUGUAUAUAAAGACAAAAUUGUGUGUUUUACAUAAAUUUUGUUACAUAUUUUUGCUAAUGGCUUUGUAUGUAACAAGAACACAGUUGCCAAGCUCUUUGUUGUACUUUUGAAUUUUCUGAUUAAAUUAUAGACUGCAAAUAAUGGCUUUCAGAACGAGGGACUUCUGUCAGAUACUAACAGUAACAGUAGCACAGAUUGAAAAUGUCCCCAAAGCUGUCGAGAAAAAAAUUUUUCUUUCUCAUAAUAAAAUCCAAGUAAAUAGAUAAUUAGAAGAAACCUUUUCCCUUCAUGGAGCCAAGUAACUAUAUUUUAGUACCAACAUACGUUAUUUUCACUGUGAACCCAUUUUUUUAUUGCAUGUUCAGAUGUCCCUCUUUGCUUUUUUGUAAUAUUAACUGCAAUGAUGUUCUUGGAAUUCAUGGAAAUAUAAUUAAAGCAGAUUUU